CCGCUCAAGUAGAACAACGUGUUGAUCAUAACACAAAUAAAAAAAAAACUGAUAAACUGAUGACGCACUAUGUGGACUACGUGAAUAUAUGUAAAAUUUGUGAAAAAAUUUGUAAUAACAAUUAAAUCGGAAUGGAGAAUAUGAAUAUAAACUGCUUGUUUGAGUUAUUCAAACAAAUAAAAAUCUUAUGUGAAACAGAGCAUUGUAAUUCCGAUGAAGUAUCUAUAAAAUAUUCGAAUCUUAUUCAAUUUGUAGUGUCAAAUGAAUGGAUACGUAAACAGUUUAGGCAUUGGGAUGAACAACUUUAUAGUGACCUUGCAAUACAUGAAUAUGAAGAAAAACAAAAAGAAAUUUGUGUUUUGUUUGCUGCAAUUUAUGCUGCCGUGCAUAAUUUCACACAAAGAGAAAAGGAAGCAGUAUUUACGUUUUGGAUAAAUAAAAUUAAAGAAAAAAUUUAUUUAGAAAAAAUUAUAUUGCGAUAUACAACUAACAUACAUUAUGAUUACCAUAUGGAAUUUUUCGAUGACAUUUUGAGGGCAAUGGAGAAAAAACCCUUUAUAAAACAUUUGGUUAUAGACAUGAAAGACUACACUAUGCCGCAUUUAAGCAAAUUUCGCAAUCUCAGAACAUUGACUUUAAACGUCAAAAUAGACGAUAUGGAAGAUUUGGUAGAACUUGUGAAAUCAAGUCCAGACUUGCGUCAACUUAACGUCUGGAAUAAUGAAAUUCGUGGCAGAUUGUCCGAUAUUACUUUAGGUGGUAAUACCUUGCAAAAUUUAAAAACAUUCGGUUUUCUAAUGAAGCUUGAUGUUGAUGCUGUACAAUAUGCAAAUUUCGGAAAAUUACCAAAACUGGAACGCCUUAACAUAAAAGGCGAACAUGAGAUCGGUUCAUUAAAGCAUCUUUUUAAUUGUUUUGCAAAACAAUCUAUCAAAAAUUUACGUCAUCUUAUUUUAAACGAUGCCGACUUGAAUGAUGAAGAGAUUCAAAUUAUCUCUCAGAUAAAAUCAAUAGAAAAACUGAUGUGUGGAUUCGUUCAACCGGAAAGUAUUGCCCAAUUGUCACAAAUUGAUCAGCUAACAAAGUUAAUUAUACUAUCAGAACAUGAAGUUUCAGAAUUAUUACCUCAUAUACUUUACAUUUUAAUGUCAACCAAAUGUCCGCAAAUAUUUGUUUCUUUUCAUCAAGGAAGCAUGCAUUACUUUAGAAGCAAAGAAUAUUUAUUAUGGGUUAUUAAACCAUUUGUCAUUAAUGCAUCUGAAUAUGCUUCUCUUGGCCAAUUUACAAAUUUGCGAAAUUUGGAAAUUGCUGCAAAGAAUCUUAGGAGUGGCUCCCUACAAAAUAUAUUUAAAGAAUUUGCAAACAGAGUGCCACAGACUCUUGAGCAAUUGAAAAUGACAAAUAAAAUGUUGACCGAUAUAGAUUUUUGUGAUUCUAAGAGUAAAAUGGGCUUAAAUUCAAAUGAGAUUAUUCAAAUUGCGUCUAUUAAAUCAUUGAAAAGCGUCGAUUGUGUUUUUAGUGAGAUGGUUAACAUUGAAGUUUUGGGUCAUUUACCGGAACUGGAGGAAUUGUCUAUUAAUGUGCCAUCAAGAUUAAUUAAUUAUGACACUAAAGGAAUUGAAAACCUUAUCAGACUACUAGCUUGCAAACACAAUUCAACUUUAAAAUUCUUAAAUAUAUCCAAACUACCAAUUGGUUUGCCUUUAACAAUGCAAUUAUCUGAUAUUAAAUCUUUGAGAACUUUAAAAUGCACAUUUACAGAUAAUCGUAGCAUAGAAUGCCUCAGCGGACUCUAUAAUCUUGAAGAUGUUGAGAUAAAAUCAAAAGAAGAACUUCAUGGUAUUUGUGAUAUAAUUUUACAAAUUAUAUCCACAACAAACAUUAGUUUUAAAAUCAAAAACGCAGUCUCUAUAAAAAGUUUUAAUGGCGAAACGGAAAUAGAAUUAUUUUUACAUAACCAAAAAAGCGUAACUCAUUUGGCUCCCCUAGGAAAAGUGCAGAAGUGCCAUAGUUUUGUUGUCAGCAAUGUCAAUAUCAAAAAUAUCAACUUGUUACUUCAUUAUCUUCCUUAUAAUGAAAAUCUAAAAAUAUUGCAUCUUGGUACAUUUGCAAUAAAUUAUGAAGAUUCACUUCUUGUACGAAAUAUAAAAAAAUUGGAAAAACUGAUAUGCGGUUUUUCCGAUCCUAAAUGUUUUGAAGUCAUAUUUUCAAAUACAAAAUUAAAGAAAAUUCACAUAACUGACAAUGAAUUUUCACCCCAAAUAUUUCAUUUCUUAGCCAAAUCCAAUGGAGAAGUUAUUAUUGAUAAUAGUUUGCGACGAAUAAAGUAUUAUAAAAAUCAAGAAAAGUUAAUUCUAGAAAAUCAAUCAUGGCAUCGAUUUAUUUAUGAUGCCAGUGAUUAUGGUUUUCUCGGUAAAUUGAAAAAUGUACGAACUCUUCAUAUAAUUGGUGAUAACGAGGAAGGUACUUUAACAAAUCUUUUCUUAAAUUUGGCAUUAACAGGCAGUCUUGAGGAAUUGAUAAUUGAACAAUCAAUCGAUAAAAACAUUGAUGAGGAUGAAAAUAUUGCCAAUACUAUAGUUACUAUAAAUUCUCAAGAAGUGUUGCAAGUAGCAAAAAUUGAAACCCUUAAAAGACUUAAAUGUGGUUUUUUGAACACCAAAAAUAUUGAGACACUCGCCCAACUAAAGAAUUUAGAGGAACUUACUAUUACCAAAAUUGAACCUGGCUCCUUACAAAUACUUUUUAAGGAAUUCUCAAAUCAAUCACUAUCAGAUCUUCGUUACGUGUCCAUAGAAAGCCAAGAAAUAAAUAACGAUGACUUACGAGCAAUCGCCAGUAAAAAGUUGUUAAAAACAUUGAAAUGUACGAUUAACAAUAUAAAUAACAAUAAUGAUAAUUUUCCAGAACUACCAAAUCUCACUGAUCUAUGUAUAAGAUCACAAUCCGAGAGCAGAGUAUCCAAUCAACUUAGUUUAUUUACGAAUUCUCCUUUGCAGAAUGUUGAAAUCUUGGGAGAUCCGUUAGAUGAUCAAGAUAUGUUAGCAUUGGCAGAGUACAAAUUAUUAAAAAGUUUGCAUUUUAAUUUCAGACAAUUGCAGAGCGAAAAUAAUUUGUUUGCAUUCAAUGAACUGGAGGAACUAUAUAUUAAAUUUAAUGAUGAAUUUUAUUUUAUGGAAAUCCCAUUGAAUUUUUUCACAUUUUCGCCAAAUAUUAGAAAACUAGUUCUAAGAAAUAUAACAAUUAAGUGUACAGAUAUUACGAACAUUUUAAAAUUAACAGCUUUAAGAUCUCUAGAUUGUAGUCUCGAUAUUAAAGAGAAUACAAAUUUGGAUCGACUUGCCAAACUUGAGGAGUUGAUAAUCACACCUCAAGAAGAUUCUCUUAAAAUUAUUCUUCAAUUUUUAACCGCAAAUGGAUCAGCGAGUCUUAAGCAUUUGGUCAUUUAUGAAUCUCAUUUGGACAUGGAGGAUUCUCUUCAACUAUCAAAUAUGAUAUCAUUGUUAAGAUUGGAGUGCAGAUUUCUUUAUGAUGAUUCUCUGCACCAUUUAACAAAACUCAAGAACUUGGAAAUAUUGACCAUUACCGAUUUAGUAAAUCGUAAGGAUAUUUCGAAUUAUCUCCUAGAUAUUAUGAAAAAUUGCACCAAACUGCAAACAAUUGACUUUUCCGAUUGUGAAGCAGAUAUCAGCUGGGAUUUUUUUUAUAAAACUUUGGAUUUAUUGAAAAGUUUUAGAAAUCCAGAUGAAGAAAAUCCAUUACAUAUGGGAGUUCCUUCAGGUCCAAAUAUGCAUAAAUAUAAUCUGUUAUCUGGUGAACAACAAUAUUUAAAGAUUCUUCAAUUCUAAAAAUCAAUGAUAACUUUCCGCUGUAUUUUAGAUACAUAUACUACUGGAUUUAAAAGAUAUCUGAUGCCCUUUUUAAUAUGAAGCGGACGUAAAUGUUUGAGCGAAAAUCCCAAGACAAUAUGGAGGGCCGCCCAGGUUUUCUACAUUUCACUCAUUAUAUUAUAUAUGUAUCAUAUAUACAUAUGUAUGUAUAUGGAUCUAA